AAGGUGGGAUUUGUGUGGGACAGGAUGCUUUCAUGGAGCCCUUUAGCCAACUUCUUUUGGGACUUACAGUGCAAAAUAUAUUUUCUGCUUGUAGGUAUUUGUUCUGCCUUAAGGUUGACAGUACCGUCUCAUACCAUCCAUGGUAUUGAGGGGCAACCACUCCAUCUUACUGUUGACUACAAUUUCAACGCUACAGCUUCUGAAAUCCAGAUAAUUUGGCUUUUUGAGAGGCCUCAAAGUAAUCCAAAAUACUUGCUUGGCUCUGUAAAUCAAACAGUAGUUCCAGAUUUGGAAUACCAGCACAAGUUUACCCUCAUACCACCGAAUGCAUCUUUGAUGAUCAAUCCAUUGCAUAUCAAUGAUGAGGGCAAUUAUAUUGUAAAAGUCAAUGUCCGUGGAAAUGGGACAAUAGCUGCCAGUCAAAAGAUUCAAGUAGCUGUUGAUGUUCCUGUCACAAAGCCAAUUGUACAUACUGAACCAUCUUCAGGGGUAGUGGAGUAUGUAGGCAAUAUUACAUUAAAAUGUACUGUGGAAAAAGGUACAAGGGUAGUUUACCAGUGGAUGAAAAAUGGGAAGCCUCUCUAUGCCUGCCCUAAUUACACCUUUUCAUCAAACAAUGCAACACUUCUAAUUGUUCCUGUUGUAAAAGAAGACAUUGGGAAUUACAGCUGUCUGGUAUCUAACCCUGUCAGUGCAAUGGAAAGUGAGAUAAUUGCACCAACCAUAUAUUAUGGACCUUAUGGACUUAGAGUUAAAUCAGAUAAAGGUCUGAAUAUAGGAGCGGUGUUUACAGUUGACAUGGGGGAAGUUGUACUGUUCGACUGCUCAGCAGAUUCAAAUCCACCAAAUACUUAUUCAUGGAUUCAAAGGGCUGACAAUACCACUCAUGUAAUCAAAUAUGGACCCCAUCUGGAAGUCGUAUCUGAUAAAGUGGCCCAGAAGACAAUAGAUUACAUGUGCCAAGCUUUCAACAACGUGACUGGAAAACGAGAUGAAACUCACUUCACAGUCGUCGUUACUUCUGUAGGAUUGGAAAAGCUGGCCCAGAAAGGAAAAUUUCUGUCAUCUCUUGCAGUAAUAACGGGAAUUUCAUUAUUUUUGAUCCUAGCUAUGGCCUUUUUAUUCAUAUGGAAAAGAUAUCAGCCACAUAAAGUGAUUCAACAGAAGCUGCAGAGCAGGCCAGAGGCUGAUUACAGGAAGGCACAGUCAUUUUCAGGACAUGAAAGUGCUUUGGAUGAUUUUGGGAUAUAUGAAUUUGUCGCUAUUCCUGAUGGUGGUUCUAGG